CUGUUUUAAUAAUUUGAUUACAAAAUUAUCCUUUUAAACUUAAAAUAUUUUAAACUAAUUAUAUUUAUUUAAUAUUUAAUUAAAUUUAACAAUGCGCAUAACACAUAAAAACAUCUAACUAAAAUCUUUUUUUUUGUCAAAAACUAAAAUUAUAAUUUAUUGAUUUAGGGUGUCGCCACUUUUUAAAUAUAGGUUAUCUUUAUUAAAUGUUUUAAAUUGUGGUGUAGUAAAUGUUAUCUUUUGUAUCAAGUAUUGUUGUGUUAGUUACCUACAUAUAUAUAUAUUUUUUAUUUUUUCUCUUAUAGGAUAAUAUAUUUCUGAUGCAAUAAUAAAUCACUUGUUAACACAUAAAUUUCCGUUUUCGUUUAGUAAUUUAGUUUAUUUUCUCAAAUUGACGUAUUUAGAUUUAUAUAAAAAUUGGUUGCGGUCAAAAUUUCUCCAAAAUGCUCGUAAACGCACUUGUUAACGCAUGUGUUUUUCCUCUUCUUCUUUUUUUACAACGAUAGAGUUGAACUAAACGCAUAUGUGUGUCUUUCCAUUUGGUAAUUCAGUAGAUUUUCUUGAAUUUGGAAUUCAAAUAAAAGCUUGCGGAGUCGAAAUUUCAUACCAAAUGGUCGCAAAUGCAUGUUUUUAUAUAAUUUGUCUUAACAAAUCAUUAUUAAAUUAAUCUCUAAACAAGUUUUUUAAAAUAAAAAAAUGUAUGAUCCUCAACACAGUAGAACCAAUUUCAAACACGAAACUACUAGCCCAACACUUCAUUAGUAAAAGCAAAUAUAAUUUGCACUUGUAGAUAAUCGAAUCUACGACCUAUUCCAAAUCACAAAAUACUCUAUCCACUAAGCUACUUUUAUUUUUCUUGUUAUGGCUUAAUUUCUUGUUUUUUAUUUUUAUUUUGGGUGUUGUUGUCUUAACCAUUCAGAUCCUGACCAGUUGCAUAAAUGUUAAACAAAAACAAUAAAUCAUGUAAAUAAAUAUUUACACAUACUCUUCCUCAUAUAGUUGAUACCUCGCUGCUUAUAGUUCUGCCUUAAAUUGUCAUUACACUACUCUCAAUGUCUCCAGAUUUUGUUAAUGUUAAUACAACUGACUCAGUUAACCAUAUCUUCUGGAUUCUGCAUUAAUCAUAUACGGACAAGAGUUUAGAGGAAGAGAGCCUUGGCUUUUAACUAAGCUUAGCCUAAGGUUUAUGGCGUGUAGCUAGAUCUUCAGAUUCAUGAAUACACAACUUUUGACACGUUGUUCUCAUAAUCUCACUCUUAUAAAACCCGAAACGUAUAUCUUCUUCAAUUUUCACGCCCUAAUAGCCUAUAUAAGUAGACACCCCCACAACACCAAAUAUCAAAAACAACAAAAAAUCCCAGUAAAUAUAUUGACAGAAAUGGAUAAGUUGAAUGUUUUUGUGAGGGGAGACAAUCAAGUGAAUGAAGAGAAGCCUCCAGCUCGGGUGUGUCCACGGUGUGACUCUGACAAUACCAAGUUCUGUUACUACAACAACUAUAGCUUGUCUCAGCCGCGCUACUCCUGCAAGAAUUGUCGUCGAUACUGGACUCAUGGUGGGACUUUAAGGAACAUACCGAUUGGUGGAAGUGGCCGUAAAACCAAGCGUCCAAAGAUAGAUCAACCAUCUGCUGAAAAUCAACAGGUUAAUAAUCACCAACCUUUCUUACAUGGUCAAGAAACUAACGAGUUUGUUGGAACUUUUAAUGGUUCUUCUUCUUCUGAUGUUGUUGCUGGAAACCAUUUCGGUUUUCAUGAGAUUCAUGGUGCUAUGGUAAACAAUGUGCCUCCAGUUCGAAGUUUUCCACCAAUGGAGGCCUUAAAUAUCUCUGAUGUAUCAUCUCGACAAGAUUAUUACGACGUUGGAUCCAAUGAUUUGAUUGAUAAUCCUUUGAUAAACCGCCCAACUGAAGAUGAUUUAAACAUGUGGAACGAGAGCUACAACAACACUAUGAGCAUGAAUCAUAAUGCCAGCACGAGUGGAAGGAGGGGAUAUCUUUAAGCACUCAUCUCAUGAACGGAAUCAGAGACAAAUGUGUGUUUACCCGUUGAAUACUAACCGCUUUACCCGUUGUCUCUUUAUCUUAAGCUAAUAAUGUUUCAGUUUUUAUUUUGAGCAUUUUUUCUGCCUUUUUUCCUAUAAUGUUUUAUGUUGUGUUUCUUUUUUGUAGUGUUGAAAGUUUGCAUCUUUGUUUCCCAAAAGAGUCAACAUCGAAUGUUUGUCUGAUCUUUCCUUAUAUAGUUAAUAUAAAUUACUAUUUAGUCGUGA